UGGCUCCUCUCAGGAGUCGGGACCAAACUGGACACCAUCGCCGCCUCUUCGGAACAACUCAUCUUCUGGCCUCAAUGAGACCGAGACCGCUUGAGGGCUCAGUUGUGUAUUGAGUACUGUGCGCUGAACGUCCGGGUCGAUCUCCUGAGACGGCAGACGAUCGCGAUGAACUCUGAACAACUUCUCCGGUUCAUGCGCAUCUGAUAUGUUCACGAACGACGUGCCGUAUGGUACUCGCGAGGGCUGUUGCUUCAUGCCGACUGUAUGGUAUCCUGACUGCCUCUAUCAUUGUCCGGAGGGCAGAGGGUCGCCGGACCAGUCUUCGCAAGCAUGCGAUCUUCAAUGGUAUAGAUAUUGUUCGGCACCAUGCCCAGCCCAAUAUAUAGCCUCCCGACGGAGCCUGUUCUCCGAGUACGGACCUUCACGCCGUGACGAAAAGGAUUCUCCUCAUAGAUCAUCGACAAUGGCCACUCCGAACGAACAUCCCAGCCUGGAUCCCAGCAUGGGAAACUUGUUCAUCGGACUCGGUGUGUUCUCCACGAUGCUCUACGGAUUUUCAUGCACGCAGUUCAUAUACUACCUCCGUCAUUAUUGGACACGAGAUAGACCCGCCAUGCGAUGCCUUGUUCUGUUCAUAUGGCUGCUCGACACAGUAGUCACCGUAUCCGAUAGUUAUAUUCUGUGGUUCUACCUUGUUCAACGUCAUGGACGUUUGUCGAGCCUCCUCGUAUCCCCGAAACUGUACGAGCUUGAGUACGCAACCACAGGUGCGAUCACUUGCAUCGUGCAGAUAUUCUACGUCCGUCAAAUGUGGCAACUGCUAUAUGCAUCUACAUACCGAAUGAGGCUCUUGAAUAGCAUGAUACCGGUGAGUGCCGAGCCGAAUGACCUUCACAGUGGAAGUUGUGAAGCUGGCGAUAGGCAGUACUCUCAGUUGUAUCUCUCGCCUGCAACCUCGGUAAAGAGCAGUCCCCCUUUGUCUCGGAACAUGGGGUUGACGCUGAUCGGACUUACAACCUUCAGUAGGCGUGUAUGUGGUCGCGUAAGUGCCUUUCCACAAGAGACCGUGUAAUCUUUAACACGAUCAAAGUGCGACCGAUUGGAUCAUCGCGAAGGCUCUUCCUCUAAACAUAGUACGUCUUGCGAGCGACUUGAGAUGCAG